GGCACAGGAUGGGACGGUGGGUGAAUUGGAGAGCAAAUCUGCCCCCACAAGAUUGCCCCCACAACGUCUAUUGCAGCCUUCUUCUCGUAAACCCAACUUCAUCUCCUAUUCCAAUUCCUGGGUCGUUUUGGAAGCAGAGAAAACUCUGGAGAGAACCGUUUCAGACUUGAGAGAGCACAAUCGAAGCUCGAAAGAUCUAAGAGAUGAGCGUGUUCGGUGGGGAUAGCUGGGCAAGGGAGGCGCAACACAGAAAGAGGAGAGUGGAUGAUCUGUUGUUGCAGGGAGUCAAGCAUAACAAAUUUAAUCAUGAUGGCUCUGACGUUUCGUCUUCCUACAAGAAGCUCUCUAACGGAAAAUUCGCAUGCCUCGUGUGCCCCAACAAUCCCAUCCUCGAUUCCCCUCUCAUGCUCUCCGUGCAAAAAAUUCUGCAGAUGCAUAGCAAGGGAGCACGCCACAUUGCUGCAGAGUCCAGGUUCAAGGAAAGAGAAUUAGCAAGACAAGAAGAGAUAAAUAAGAGAAUUGCCUUGUCAUCUGAUUCUUUAAGGGCAUGCUCUGCUACUUCCAGCCAACAGUUAAAGAUAAACAACAAACCAUUGAUUGAACGGACAAGGAAGGCUACCUCUGAGAUGAUUUAUAACCAAACCCUUGAUCAAUAUGCAACAAAUGAAGACUAUAAUACGAAAUUCAGUAAAGGCGGUACUUCAUUCUUUGCAACUAAGUUCCCAACUGUACCUACACAAAGAGUGGAAUCAUCAUUGACAGUAAAAUCUGAAUCCUCCAAUUCUAACAAGAGUGGAUGCGAAACUGAAUCAUCCUCUAUGAUGCCCAUACAUCAGAAAUUGGAACUCUGUGAGCGUCGAGAGAAGGAACUCAAGUUUACAGCUGCAGGUUGGAAACGUGAUUGCCAUGGAAAGUGGUUUAAAGAUGAAAAUGUUGAAUUUGACUCUGAUGAGGAAGAUCCAAAUGUCUGCCUCACGUAAGAAUUGUGUUACAUCUAGCUUGAGCUAAUUAUGAUUUUCCAUAUUGGAACCAAAUUCUAUUGAAGCUGGGCAAGUGGAAAAUGAUGGCCAAUAAGCAAAUUUAAUAGGUUGGUUGCCGUUUUCACUGGUCAUUUCUCAAAAUCAAUCUGGCGACACCCUUGAACCUUCCAUGCUGAUGCCCACGCCCUGACAGCUAUUUAAUUGCCAUUAUUAAAACUGUGGGCGUAAUUUGGAGAAUGAUAUUGUCCUAUUUGCUGUUGUUGUUGCAGAACUCUUUCUUGCAUUUGUCAUUUUGUCCCCAGUUCCCAGAAUGCUGGGGCCCCCACCCCACCAACGACAUAAAAGAAAUUUUUGUUUCGGCAGAUGAUGUUCCUGUAGGUUUUCUUUCUUUCUGUGUUUUUUUCCCCAGAUUUGACAAGGUUGUGUUGAAAUCCAUUUAACACCUUACCCCACACAAUGCUGGCAUCAUUUACUCUGGCACCAGAUUGACGGUUAGCGAGUGCUGGAAGUGGGCAGACUCAUAAGUUGGCCAUUUAUGUAGUUUACUUUUUUCUUGUUUGUUUAUGGAGAUUUCAGGUUUAUUGUUUCUCA